CGCCAAGAGAGCUCCCCUAUCAAGCCUUUGUUGUCGCACGUCUGCAAUUCUAGCAUGGCGGCUCCUAAUCCUACUCGGCAGCUAAAUUGGAAAACCGACACCGCCGAGCUUGAGUCCCUUACGUUCAUCAACUGGGAGACCCUUGAACAGUAUGCAAGCAAGGCUCGACGUGCACUAGAAGGGGCUGAUUUUGCAUGCCGGCUCUCUUUUGACUACAACAUGGGCGGGCUGCACGUUGUGAGGCGUCUCAUCUUUGAUGACGGCUACGAAUGGCUGGCCAGGCUCCAGCUCGAGCCGCCGACGCCAGAGUCCUGCCAGCGCCUGCAGAACGAAGUUGAUGCCAUGGCAGCCGUCAGGUAUCAAUCCAAAAUUUCCGUCCCGCGCGUCUUUGCCUACGACAUCAGCGAUGCCAGCGGCGUCGGCGCUGCCUUCAUGCUGAUGGAGUUCAUUCCCGGUGAUACGGCUAUGGAUUCGUUUGGCGGUUGGGACGUUCACAAGGGAGAGACCCCUACGCAGUUCAAGGAUAAGUUCUAUGCGGCUCUGGCCCACAUCCAGGUCGAGAUGGCGGCGGUGCGCUUCCCCAAAAUCGGAUCAAUCGUUGGCAGUGGCGGACAGUUCGAAGUCGGGCCCAUCCCUGGCAUUGGUGGGCCGUUCGACACUGCUGCGCAAUACUUCGAGGCGUGGGCAAAGGUAGCCAAGUUCCCUUACAAGGAGGAAACUAUACGGCCCCGAACCCCAGCAGACUUGGUCGACGAGGUCCUCGCAGCAAUCCGUUCGUUCCCGUCGGGGAUUCGAGAUCUAGCUCGGUGGUUCCCCUUCCAGGACGGCCCUUUCCCGCUCAUCCACACCGACUUGUACAGCAGUAAUAUUAUCAUUGACGAGAACUACAAUGUAUUGUCGGUGAUCGACUGGGAGAACGCAUUCGUCGGGCCAUGGGAGCUGGUCGAAUUCAACAAGGAGCUUUCCAUCGUCCCGCCCGUCAUGGACGGCCCACUCUACCGAGACACCGAGUCCGAUAUCGCCAUGCGUCUUGCUCGUGCAGAGUUCGUAAAGACUGUUCGGGAGGCUGAGGAAAGACGACGGUCGGAUAAAAAGCUAUCUGAUGUAUUGGCUGAUGAGGAGGUGCAGGCCCUGUCUCAUGCAUUUUGGCUGUACGGCGAUGGUCGGAUCGGAUUCUACGACAGAGUUCUCAGGCUCUUGGACUACAGGCGCGUCCCCGAGGCGCAACCCGAAUGAUGGACACGCCUUCGCAGAGGGGUGUCAGCCUCCUCGGUACACCUACUCUUACGCAGUUGGCUCUCAGGCGGUGCGAUUCGGUUGCCCUUAAUCGGUUGGUCGUGCAGUGAACAGCAUUUGUCCGUGUUAACCAAGCAACAACGCCGCGUGCUCGACACCGUACCCUGGCGCCUGUGAGUCGUUCGACACCAUCAAACAGUGCUGGUCUUUACUAGUAGGCAUCAUGAUAUCAGUCACUUCAAGUGAUUCUACGUUCCAA